AAAGAACCGUGAAAACUGAAAAUGGCGAAGAAGUCUGACGAUUACGUCAUUUCCUGUCGGCUAAAGCGUGUCGCGUUCGAGUAUUAAAAUAAGGUUUGUCCAAGGCAAAAACAAACGCAAACGGACAUUAACUUCGUCUUUAGGUGAGCAAGUAUCGCCUUGUGGUUAUUCUGAUUUUUUUUAACUAAUGGUUUGUAGAACGCACAUUAUUUUAACGUGUUUGAUUUAGCUUGUUGGCUGCAUGUGUACGCUAUUUUAGUAAGCUGACUAGCUUUUCCUCCCAAUCUAAAUGGAAAUUUGUUGACAAUCUACACUCUCGCUACAUUAUUGUACAGAUAAAUAACAUUUUAUCAAUACUUCUUUUACAUAAAGAAAUGGAAGGGGACCCCAGGAGUGAUGACUACCCUCACGAAAUAGACGAGCAGCUUACGGGCUUUAACACUUCAGUCUCAGUUGUGCAGACCAUGCUGGAGAAGCUCAUGUCGAUGCCCAGAAAUGAGCUGCAGCAAAAGGUAAAACAAAGUGUAGACGAGCAUGCCAGGAAUGAGAUCACUUAAUAAGAAAAGUAAUAAUCCCUCCCUGAUAUGAAUUACUUGAUUAAAUAAUUACUCUGAUACUAAUACGAUUUGUUGUGUCGACAUGAGAGACAAAAGUUGGCCAGAGGUAUCAAAAUAAUCCGCCUCGAACAUAUGAGACAUGGUGCGCCUGCUUCAAAAAACAGGGUUAUCUUGUAUUUUAAAGGAAUGUCUACAAUGCUAAACUUGCCUUGCGCUGAAACCUCAUAAAAAUCACAGUGGGUUGGUUUUGAGCGCACCUGGACAGUGGUGUUAAAGGGCUGGAGGGCUGGCUUGCAUUAUGACAAACAACCAUUCAAGCCUACUCAGAAGUUAGCAUUGAGUACUAAUAGAGUGACAGGUAUCAUCCUUAAUAUUUAUUGUUCUCAAUGUGAGCCAUAGUUAGGAACAAUCAGGAAAUUUUACUCUUCACAUUUUGGAUACUGCAUUUUAUAACAUACUCCAGUAGGAACAUUUUUACGAGCAUAUGAGUUUGAUAUUUUUGAUAAAAACAGGUGGAAUUGAACUAAAUUGGAUUCAUUUACAGCUGGACCCUUUGGAUCAAGCCAAGCUGGAUCUGAUGUCAGCCUACACCCUGAAUUCAUUAUUCUGGAGUGAGUAUUUUUCUGGUUUCAAUUGAGCAGCACAGGGUUGAUGUAGUUAUGGCGAUAAAACCCUCAGUGGUUUUGGAGUGUUUUACUUGUGCUUCAGUUUGUAGAUCAGCAUGCUGCAGAAUACUAAGUUAUGUGGUCUUAGCAUAUUAGGGAUUGCCAGACAGGAGAUAUUAAAUCAGUAUAUGUUAGGUCAUAGUCAAGCAAAAAGCCUAAUGCACAGCUUAUCAGAAGCCAGUCUAUUUGUUUUCAGUAGUUUAUUUAACCUCACAGUCCAACCAAAGUUAUGUUAAAACACCACUAACAAAUGUGUUUCACUCUGGACCAUUCUCCUUCUCUGUUUACCUUUCAUCACAUAGUUUUCCACAUAAUCAAUCAGACAAUAUUAUAGCAUUUUGGGGUCUUUAUGUUUCCCGGAUAACUUAUUUAAGCUGGGAUGUUGUUUUUGGUUACAGUGUACUUGGUUGUUCAAGGAGUAAAUCCAAGAGAACAUGGAAUAAAACAGGAGUUGGUAAGUAUAUGACAUCGCUUAAAAUUUUUGUUCAUUAUAUUUAAGAGUUUUGCUAAACCAUCUGUGCCUCUUUUUGUUCUUCAGGAACGAAUAAGGACUUACAUGAACAGAGUGAAAGAGAUCACAGACAAGAAGAAAGCUGCUCGCCUGGAUAAGGGAGCUGCUGCCCGCUUUGUUAGGAAUGCUCUCUAUGAAGCAGAUGAGAAAGACUCCAGAAAAAAAGGUGCAUUGAAGAAAGCAGCUAACAGUUCAUCUGAUAGCCCACAGAUGAAACGUCCGAAGCAGAGCUGAGCUAAAAUGUUAGCUGCACUGUGUGGUUCAGCUGAAUUUUGUGGCUUUUUUUCAGGACAAAAAACCCAAUUUUUUAUUUGCUUACAGUGGAACAAAGCCUCUCCUAAAGGCAGUGUUCUGAAGACUCAAAGACAAUGCAGACAUAAGGCAAAAUACACAUUACCAUUUAUUUUUUGGUUGCUCACCCAUCAACACAACUUGCCACACUCUCAGAGAUGACGCUUUAGUUACAAGAAAGAAAGGACUAUUUGUCAUUCUUCUCAAGCUUCCCAGGUGUUGUAUGAAAAACUUCUGCUCAAGAUCAUAGCAAAGGAAGCAGUCAUGGGAAUCUGUUGUUGGGUUUGUUUGAAUCAUUUUCUCAGUUAAAUGAAUUAAAGCUGUCUCUCUGUCUUUUGAAAAUGAUUCUAUGAAUCUUUUUUUUUUUGCAGUCUGCCUGUUUUUACAACCUGGCCACAUGUUUAACAUUGUAUUGAUCAAAUUUGUUGGUAUACAGAAUUAUCUGCAUGAAAAUAGUUACUAAAAUGAUGUGAAUUACACUCCUCUUUUCUUUUCUUCUUUUUAUUUCACCUUAGAUAAAUCAGACAUUCAACUCAGAUGUACAUCAGUUUGAUGAAGCUGCCAGAGCUCCUCUGUAGGUCUUUUUCAUAUUUGGAUCCGACAGCUGGAAAAGUCCACGUGUUAUGGCUUGUUGAGAUUCUACAACACAUCAGCAUUCUCAUAAUAUUAUUAACAGAUUUUUGUCUGUGACUAGGGUUUGCCAGUAAAUGUCCAUCUUUCUAAAUCAUUCAGCAGUUGAGUUGCAGUAUCCCGCAUAGACAUGCUUUUUCGAUAGAGUAUUGAUCCAUGUGACACCAAGCACAGCAGAAAUACAACAGGGGUGGGAUUCCUCUGGACAAAUCCAGGACUUAAACCUUUAGUGAGCCAUAUAUAAAGUAAUGCUUCUGAGCUGCAUAUAAGCAUACUAAGACUACCUGUUAUGUAGUCUGGACUGCAGUAAGUUUGCAGCACUGAUUUGCUGAAACAGGAUUUAAAAUGGAUUUAGAUUAUAUGAACAGAUACAGCAAAAUUGAAGUUGUUAAAAGAAGAGUAUGUUUUCAUAAUGCCUUCAUUUGAAUGUAACUGAAUAUUUAUCUGUAUUUGCGCUUGUAUUGUAAAUGCUAUUAUCCUGAAGAGUCGGGCUAUUUGGGUCAGAGAGUGAGGAUGUGCUUUCAAAGUACAUAUGUCUCAAAACUGAACUCCAGCGUAUCCAGGUAUUGUGCUUUUUAAUUUUUUUUUCUCUGCCACGACUCCUCCUGUGACGAAAUACUUGACCCUAAGCUGUUCCAGUUCCGGGGGUUAUUCAUUGUAGCUUGUGUGUGAACAAAUCUGUCACGUAGGGUCAAGCAUUUCGAGUGGUUGGAAAGCUUGAAAGGUGAUUAUAAUUGGAUUCUAUUCACUAUCAACCAACAAGUCUGAAAUCACAGGUCAUUUAGUGGCGUAUUUGACAUAUUGCAUCAAAGACACUGUAUUGUAGAGUUGCUCUGAAAUUAUAAAAUUAUAUAGCAUGUAGUAUUAACAAAAAGCUUCAGUCUGUUUAGGACAAGUUGCCUUUAAGAACUUCACAGAAAUCAAGUUAAAUUCAUUAUGGACAAACCUGUGACCUUUUGAGUGAACAGUAUGGUCUUUUGUGAUUUCACUAACAGGGCCUUGGCUUCAUGGCUGCAUGGCUGCACAGAAUAAGCGUAAAUGGUAAUGAGACUUCCUUUCAUAAAAACCAAUGUCACAUUUCAUAAAGACAUCUAUAUUGCUUCCUUUCCGUAAUGCCUUCUGGACAGCUGAGAUCUUUAUCUUAAUGUUGCUGCAAGUCACUGCAUCCCUCUAAUCAAGCCCAGGAAACACUGAGGCAGUGAGUUAGAUUCUCAGGAAUGUAUUUUUUCAUUCCUUUCAUCAUCUUGCCUUUUCUCAUCCUCCCUGUAGCAACAUCCAAAAAUGACAUUUGUUUAGCCAAACCACCCUACUCUAGACUUUUUUUUUUCAGCGAGGUUGUUGUUUCAAACUGUUCAAAGACAUGUGUCAAACUGUGCCUGAUGAACAACCCCUUCUGCAUAUUGGAAAAAUAUGGAUUUUUCCACUUUCCCCCCCUUCCCCUUUCUUCCCUGUAAUGUUCCCCCUCCUACGCCCUCUUCCCCACAUGUGCUUGGUAUGAAGGAGUUAGGUCACUGUGCGAGCAAAUUUGAACAAACAAACUCAUGUUGAAAUCGUGCGCCCUAACAAGCUCCAAACCCGGGUUUGUCCCUGUGGUUGUUUAUUUAUGCUGUUUGUGAACAGUGUGGUGAGGAAGUUUAUAUUACAUGGGGUGAAAGGCAUCAGACCAAAUGACCACCUCAGGCAAAAACAAGGUAGAGGCAGUCAUCUUUUUAGACUCUUCGAACUCCAUAAAGUUGACUGCAUUUACCUGCUCAGAGUACUACAUAUGUUCAACACAAAAUCAUGUAGUUUGAGUUGGACAGAUAAUACAAAUGAGAUUUCUGACAGGGUGUGAAAGUAUAGUUUCAUGUCAGAAAAAAUACAUAUAUAUCAGAAAUGAGGAAAUGGCCUUUGUUUUCCCAACUUCCAAAAAAACUCAAACACCUUAAAAAAAAAAAAAAAGCCCUUACUUUGUUUUUGUCUGUUUCAUAUCUUCAGUACACCUUAAGGAAUAAAAAUGGCCACAGUGACGUGACAAGAAAGUCAAAAUUAACAUUUCAAAAUCAAACUGGUUUGGAAGCAAGGUGGCUUUUCACAUCUUUGACAAAGGUCCUUUCAGUCAAAUGUUGAAUAAACAAAAGAAAGAUCCACGAAUUUCUGACAGCUGUUUUCCUUUUCUAAACUGCCAGGUUUGUCGCAGGUAAUCCCAGUAGUGGGGACAAUGUUAUGAUUUUAAAUCCCGCUGUAGAUCACCCGUUAUGAGAGCCUACAGGCCUUCAGGGACAGGCUGAGCUUUCAGUGAGGGAGUGACGGACAUAUAUGUAGCUUUAUUCUGCCUGAUGAUCCAAAAGUUCCAUGCAGUCAUUUGUGCCAUUUCCUGUUAACUUUGGCCCUGCUGUCAGAGCUGCUGAUGACGGCCAUAUCAAUGUUUUCCUUUUAUUUAGCCCUCACUUUACAGAGCCAACACAAAUAACUCUUAUCUUAAGAGAGUCAGCUGGUGAGACUGGAGGGCACACCAUCAGGAUGUCCAACUGAAGUCGAUGUUAGAUCUACUUUAUUUUUAUCUCUAACACUCCAGAUAGAUAAACUUGACUGCUCUUAGUGAAAUUUGAAAAUGUGGAAUGAUCGUUUUCAAACAAUUUAACAAGAAAAAAAAUCUGAAGAAGUAGCUCACUGGGCUAUAAACACCUAUCUACAAUCCCAUUGUUUUGGUUUAAGCUGCAGUUUUUCUGUUGCACCCUACAUUGAUGAAGAAAUCUUACAACAAGCAUUUAAGAUUAUCUAGAAUCAGUCUGACACAAGGAAGUUUUAUCUCAUUUUUACAUCCUGAUGAACACGAACUCUUAAUGCCCCUUUCAUAACGUCUUUCUCUUUUACCCUUCCUCUCUCCUCUACAUACUGUACAUCCCAAUGGGCUUUGGGGGUAUAAGAAAAUUACGACAUGCUGAAAACACGCAGAGUGCAAGGCCUUGAACUCUCCUUGCUUAACACAUCACAUCAUCAACACACUUUAUUGAGUUUCCAUUCUUUACGCUAACUUCUCCCACUGCCAGUGUGUUCAAUCUGUAGAGAGAAAAAAAUAACAGCGCAGCAACACUCCUUGCUGAAUGAGCUGGGGCUGGCCUACCAUCUAUCAGCUUUAAAUGAACUAUUAGGAAAGAAAACAGAAAAUCUUUUUUGGGCGUGUGGGGUUAGGGGUUCAAAUCCAGGGGAAGGACUACCAUCUUUUAAGCUAGAAGUCGCAGUGAUUGUGUAGCCGAGGAAGUUACUUACAAAUGUCUUCAAUUGAUGAAUAAAGCUUAGAAAAUUUAACAGCCACAUUAACAGGGAUUAUUCAUCCUCUUUCCCCCAUGUGCCAACCAGCUUUGUGAUGAUGUCACUGUGUUGCUGAAUCUGUGACCAUUCAAAGACCUCAUCUAUUACUGUGGCCUGGUGUUUACCUCUGAUGUUGACCUCACUUUAACAGGGAAACAUAGCAGUCCAUAUGGCUGCAAUGUGAAAUCAGGGCUUCCCUCUUUAAACUACAGGCUUCCGAUGCAUAAAGCCGCAGGAUAACCGUUCAGUCAUCAAAGAGCUGAAUGCAAAGCCAUCCGUCAAUCUUAAACUUAAACGCGCACACAUACAUAGAGAGGGGGUUAGCCAGCUGUGAGCACACUGAGAGAGCAGAAACACGCUCACCAGUACACAUGCAAAAGGGAUACACAAAGACACAGAGAAGAUGGCUCACACACACACACACACACACACACACACACACACACACACACACACACACACACUCCAUGGUGGACUUGAGGUGUGUAAUGGAUUGGAUCCCCCUCAUAAUUCCUGGGACAGCGUUGUCUUCAAGGUCCAUACGGAGGCGGAUGAGACCACAGCUGUUUAGACAUAAAUUUCCAGAGGAAUGCCUCAAGUCUAAGCCUUCAGUGUAAAGAGCAUGACUGUAAAUUCUUCUGUGGAUGACAAAUGAUUGCCCAUAGGACUGGUAUAUGUCUGUGUGUGUGUGAUAGUGUGUGUUUGUGAGUGUAUGUGUGUAAAAUAUGUAUCUCAUACAGGCACGUAGAAGGUCACUUGAUGCUUGAUUCUCUUUCUGCUUUUUUUUUUUUUUUUCAAGCCAGGUGUGCACAUAUGUCUGUGUGUUGAUACCUAUGCAUGAAGACGUGUGUGUGUGUGAAUGUGUGUGUCAGUGUGUGUUGCAGGUUGAAAUAGUGUGUAGACAGGAUGGGAUCUCCUAUGUUGUAUCAGGAGGAUCCAGCAGCUGUUGAAGAAGAGUGGGACAGCUGUCCAGGUCUCGUAAAACAAAAAUCUGAAUCUCCUCUCACUCUCUGUACAGUAGCUAAUGCAGGAUUCAUGUUAGUAUACAAGUGUGCAAGUUUAUAGGAAUAUUUUGGAUAGAUAGGAUUGCAUAUAACAUGUUAUAUUGAGAUAUUGUUUUACCAGAGGACGCUAAUUCUCAAUGUUACGUCUGCUGGAUCAUACAUCUCAAUUUAUACAGGGCUAUAUGGAUGCUAGAAGCGACUUAGGCAUAGUGUGUCUGGCUUAAUCAUGAAAACAGAGAGUGAGUGGUUGAUAUGAAUAAGAUAUUUUUCAAUAAUUGAAUAGUAUUUACAUGCUUGCCCAGAUUGCAAAUCUUGUUGCAGUUUACAGGAAUCCCAAUAAAAAGAAAACACUAACUCAUGUAGACUAUCUCCUCCAAAGAGACACACCUGCUGGGAAUGGACAGAGUGCUUCCUCUCCUCUCCUUGCAGCACACCUAGUUUCCUCUCUUCCUCGAUAAAAUAACGGGGUUUACAGCACAUCAAUAACCCCUCUCAUCCUUCUGCCCAUUCAGAGCCGAGGUUUACAGCUAGCGUGGGGCGGAAAGGCUGUGGGCCUUGAUGGGAAAGCCUGGAGCUAACUGUAGCACUGGGUACUGUAAAGUGAUGAAGGGCCUCCGCUUUUUUACGAUGAUGUGAAUGAUGUAGCCUGAGAGAGUAAAAGAGCUUGUGAGAGCAGUGGUGUGUCCAUAUACUGUACAUGACUGGACUGCAGGGAAACAGGAUAGAUUAUAUGCUCUGCUACUUAAUAUUUACACCCACUUAAAGACUUUUUGCAGAUGAUAUCAUCCUUAAUGAGACAGUAGUACUCAUGUCAUCUAAAUGUGUGGAUUUUGGACAUUAGGAGCCAAUAACCGUUAAACAUCAUCAUUCUAGUUUUAUAGAUUUCCAUCUCCAUCAAAUAAAGAGAUAAUUGAGCAGUUUAGCUAGACUGACUUAGAUGCAUCCAUCAGUAAACAAAAAGCUAAAUCCAGACAACUCCCGCUACUAUCAACAUUACUCAAAGUUAUUAUCAAAAAAAAAAAGAGGAAAAAAAAAAAGCACAAAAUUAGACAAUACUUCCAUUCUUCUGAUGUUUAAUUUGAUGAUUGUAUUUUUUCUGAUCAAAUUUGUGGACAAAACCUGAUCUGAGCUGAAUAGAAUUAUGUUAAAAAAACGCUCAAUCAAAUCAACAACUGGUAAUGCACAGUAAUGUGUAAUAAAUGUGCUCUUAGGGUUUGCAUUUGGUCAGCUCUACAUUUGGUCAGCUUCUUGUAAAACACAUUUUGCCAUGAAUACUUACCACAAUGCACAAAAUGCACAUCAAUCCACAGCUGAAAACAGUCCCCACCAAAUACACUUUUUGCAUCUUAAGUGAUGCAAAAUAUCCCAAUUUUCAGCUCAGAAAUCUAAAUCCUUUUAAAAAAUAGUAUUAAUUGUAUUUUUUAAAGAUUAAUGUCUUUAGUGGUAGAAUUCAGAUCUGGGGUUGGGGCCAAGAGACAUGCUGGGGGUAUGCAGCCAGAAAUGACUGAAUAUCACACAGUAUUUCCCUUAAAUUUAGUUUAAAGGUCAUGAUAAGUUAAUUUGUUAAAUCUUAAAUAAAGCAAAGACUUCAGAUGUCUAGCUGAGGUCAGAAUCAAAGCAGAAAACAUGUUACAAUACACAUAUCAUUGAAGAGACUUUGUGUAUUCACACACUGCAAGUUUUUCCUUGAAAUGUAUAAAUGAAAAGUAUAUUUUUUAAAUUUAUGCAUGCAGUAUUUUCCUAAAAGAAAUCUAACUCAUGAUUCCAGACAGCGCUGGAACUCCUGCAGGGCUCCUAACUCAGACUUACAUUUCACUGAUUAAAAGGGUCAAACCAAGAGCCAGACUUCCUUCUAGCAACCACUGGAGGGCAGUCCAACACAGCAGUACGGGCUUCUUCCCUGGUCAAGCUUGAGUGGCAAGCUGAGGUUUGCUUUUCUUCCUACCGCAGAGCAGAUUGUUGAAGAUUAGUCCUCGCUUGGCCGGUAAUCACCCUUAUCACACAAGAAAACGACAACAAUACUGGGAGUUUAAUGGCAGAAGUAAUUGUUGUGGAAGUCCCACGUUAUGCUGCGGUGGCGUGAUGAAUGACAGCCGCAAUGCACCGCGCUGUGAGGAGAUUGUUGCUGCAUGGUUGUUAUUUCAACUCAUUUGUUAUGGUUGCAACUUUUCCUCUGGGGUUAUUUAGCUGAAGGCAAGGACUAGAUUUCAAAGUGGAGGUGUAGAGGAGUUUUCUGAGAAUAAGAUAAAAAUUUAUUGCUAAUGAAAGUUAAAAAUGACACUUUUGGGUUUGUAAAGUAGUCAACAACAUGUGCUUUUAUGCUUUUCUGAGCACAUGCCUAGGGAGUUUCUUACAUACUGUAGACUUACAAUAAAUGUUGGUUUAUACAAGAACAGAUCUGAUAUUUCAAACAAGAAAAUGCAGAUGCAAAAUUAUAUUAAACUUUAAGUGCAUUUACAUUACAUUAUGUUGGCUGUUUGGCUCUUAAAUGCACUAGAAAUAUAUCAAAUUACUCUGAAUUUUUUUUAGAUGACAGUAAGUGUGCAUGAAAAGCACAAUCACUAUCUAGAGAGUUGACUGGAAACUUGAACGGCAGUUGUAUAAGAUAUUCAAAGAAAGAUAUUAGCCAUAUAUAACUCCCAUCAAAAAAGGAUAAAAAAAACUGGAUGCUCUACGUUCUGCUUGCUGCAGGCAGUGCAAGCCAGUCAUGAUUUAAUACACAGCCACAGCAUGCUUGGAUUAACAUCAGUUAGCUUUUUUGUGUGUGCAUGUGCUUGUCCACAUAAUUGUGUGUGUGUGUGUGUGCUGUUUGAGUAUGUAUCUACAAUGGUGAGUUUGAAGGCUUUUGUUCUCACUUCAUGUGUGUGUGUAUGUGUGUGAGAUUACAGCGAAGACUUGGAAUGCUUCUUACUGAGACAGCUGCGGUCUAGACUGUCAUUCUCACGUCACUUUAUGGCUUCAGGGCCUAAAAGACAAAUAAGGAGGAGCACCCAGAAAUGCAGCCUCAUCUGAUAAGAGAGGUGGUAAGAGGACCUACUGAUGACUUCUCCAAACUAGCAUGAAAAGGUAGCUCUGGUGUCUGAUACCCCCAGCUCUGUCAAAGGCUUUCUUGGGCAGGUGAUGACUGAUGAGCAUGAGCUGUUCAGAUUUUAGUGAAGGAGAAAAAUGCACCCAGGUAUUUGUCAGAGUAAUAGUGACAGAGGUCAGAGGCACUCUAUAAUGUGUCUACACUUCAACAAAGUAUGGAGACAUCUUGAAAACGAACAUCUGUUUAAUUUUUUUUGUCACAAAAAGUGGAUUGAGGAGGGAAAAAUUCUGCUCAGGAUAUGUAAAGCUGAUUUAUUUGAUCUGACCAGCAAAAACUGUGAGAAACUUUCCAAAGCAGCCAGAGUAGGAAAUACCAGCGCUAAUGUCAGAGGCCUGCUCGGUCUUAUUAUGGCAAAUUGAAGCAGAAUGUGUCAUUAGCUAAUCGAGGGCUAGUUUCUCCUCCUCUCAAAAUAUCAGACAGAGGGUAGCCUCUGUCCCCCACGCUUUAGCCUUCAAAGGCCCCCAUUAUACUUCAAUGGAGGGAAAACAGCAGCUCCCAAAAAUGACAGUCUCCAAAGUUUAAAGCAACAUCGUUUAUCACCCCUGCCAGCCUCUGCAGGUGUGACCCAAUUCCCACAGCUUCAUCGAAAGCCCAGGCAAUGGGGGGAAAGAAUCCCUGUGUGCAGAUGAAGGCUAAUUAACAAAGUAUAACAUGAAAUAAUACACUUGACUUUAGCCUGGCUUUUUUAUUUAAAAUGUACAAUUCAGGUUGUCUUUUUUGGCACUUCUUUCCAAUGUGCUGUUUUUUUCCCACAUAAUCAUGCAGUGGAGGAUGUCAUCUCCAACGCUAUAAGGAGCCUGGGAGUCAGACAGUAGGUGUAGUGUACAGUUUAUGGGACAGUCUUGACAUAGAGGAGGGAUUUAAGCUCAUCAUCAAUGCUGACAAACAAAGAGAAAAUCAUUCCAGUGUGAUACCUGUGAUCUCAUUCUCUAUUUGUAUUUCUUCUUUUUGUAGAUAUUGUAGUAAAGUUUAAAGUGAGCAGCAGAUGAGAAUAUUUGUAUUUUGUCAGCAGUACUUUCUAUGCAAGAGUCCUAGUCAAGACAAGAAUGUUUUCAGUCGGUCAUGUUUCAGUGUGUGUUAGAGUGACAGAAAAAGUUUAUUCAAAGUCAACUAAGCAUGCACAGUCUUUUCUAUAAACAUCAACACCACAUUCACACAGGUUCAUGCAUUCACACCUGGGACCAGCUCUGCACAGUCUUGUACUGUCAGACACUGAGCAGCUCUACAGGAGCAGUUGAUUUCCAGCCACCUGGCUUUCACAGACAUUGUUUUAUUUCUACAACCAACCCUUGGCUACAGUCAUGAUAAGUCAUGAUAAGCUUGGCUGAGAAGUGCGUCCCUCACAGACGUCUUUAUUUAAAGACCUACUGACACAACCUUUAUUUUACUUAUUUUCAAUCAUUAACUGAUCUCCAUCCUCAUAACAUUUGUGCAGGAAAUGAUUCUCUGAAGUGAACUUGAGCAGCUGUAAAUGGCAGAGUUACUCAUUCAUCGUCCCUACGGACAAUUUCCGAAAGGGUCAAGGAACGAUCGAAGGAACGGUCGACUCUCCUCUCACAGUGCUUCCUCUGUAACAUGUGAAAUGUGACUGUGCAAAUGUGUGUGUGUGUGGGUGUGUUUGUGUAAACUGACUCUAGCUGUGCCCCUGAGUGUGUGUAUGAGCGCCUGUGUCUUUAUCUGUGUCCGUGCGUAUCGUCAAAUGUGUGUCCUUGGUCCAGCUUAAUUAACAGAGGCCAUGUAAACGAAUCCUAAGGGGUCAAGGUGAUCGAGGCGGCUGAGCAGGUGGAAAAUUGAGGACAUUGGCUCACAGGGACCAUAUCGACCACUGUUCAAACACAGCCACUAUUGAUUGACGUGUUUACAGCAUUAGUGUGUUUAACAGUGUCAUUCUGGUUUAAAACUCAUUAGGUACAGAUAUGGAUGAAGACGUGGUACAAAGUCAGAAAAAAAAAAAUCUCUUUAGUUUGUUUGAUAUUUUACUUUUUUUAAAGAGUUUUUUUAAUCGGGGGGUGGAGGGUGUCUAAAGCUCUUGUAAAGAGUUUUUAAGGUUCAUUAAAGUGAACAAAUUUCAGAUUUAUUCCUUUUUAUGGUUUACAAAUGCAAACAAGGCCAUCAGCAACAAGACUGGCACAUUUUUUACUGUACAUUUUAUUGCUGGAAACUGAUGUAAGCAUAGACUGUAUAUACUAUGGACAACUUGGCUCUGCCUUCAUUAUACAAAUUUGAGGCCGAAUUGCUCUUGGUAUUUCCGGGAUUUUCUCAACUUCUUGGAACCACCACUUGCACAGAAGCGUUGCACACAUUUAGCGGGAAAGUCACUGUAAUGAUGUUCGGCUCAAACAUCAUAUACCCCCCGUUGAGCUACGCAAUCUUCAUAUGCCCAUAGGCUUUAUCAAGUGUCAAUCACAGAAAACAUGAACCCCUAAUAACUUUUAAAAAUGGAGCUGCACAGAAAAAAGAGGCCUUGAGUGUGAACCAGGCUUACAGUAACUACAUGUCAACAUCACAACCAGGGGGGAGAAACAUUUAUAAUCUGUAUAAUUAAUUUGUUAAGUUUGUCCACACCUAGAUAAGGAUUGCUGUAGGAGGCUGGAUAUAUGACCUAUACUGCAGCCCGUCACCAGAGGGUGCUGUUCUCCCGGAGGCUUCACUCAGCGAGGAGGCAGAUGGCGUCCAUUCUACAUGUACAUACAGUCUGUGGGAGUGUAAGAGGGCUGGUUUCAGCCAAGAAGCUACAGAAAAAGCCCUUUUGUUACAUUUUCCAUAUAAUAUACUCACUAUAAAUGCUAAAUUUAGCUGUCAGAAGUCACUACUUAAGCAUGUAGAGGACAAGAUGAGCAAAGACUGCUUUGUCCAUUGGUGGAAAAAUUGCCACAAACAAGAAGUUUCUCACAGGAGGUUUAAAAGAAAUGUUGAUAACGCUAAGGAAUGCUGUUAGUUAUACUUUCUUUAAUUCUGAAUUAGCUAGGAGCAUACUGCAGUUAAUUCAAUAUUAAUACACCCUGAAUGCCACCCAAUACCCCCUUAAUCCCUUCUUUGAUGCUCUCUGGGAUUUACAAACCUUACAAGGAAGAGUCAGCCGAUGACGCAAAAAUGGUGCCACUUUCAUCAUUUCACUUCUCAGAUCAAGUAAAAGUUGCAAAGAAACCCUGAACAUUUAUUUGUCCUGCAGGCCCAGAGCUACAAGAGACACAGAUAAGAGGGUAGGAAAGGAAGGAAAAGCUGUGUAGGGGACUGAGGGGGGGGGGAAAGAGACAGGUUAGGAAGGGAGACAGAUUCAGGGAGAACAUUAAGUAGCCUAGCCUAGCUGGAUUCCCCACACACAUAGAAAGCCCCUGUGAAAACACAAGCUAAUUAUUAAGAAAACAAAGGGGGAGACUGCAGCGACAUGCCAACACACACAGAUCCCCGGCAGAGUAAUUGUGCGUGAGCUAUUUGGGCUGAGAACAGCACGAUUUGGUUGCUCUUCCUCAGCACAGCCGAGCAGAAUGAGCAACAUCUGUUCCCUGGGAUGGGGUUUAAAAACAAGCACAAGGAACGAUUGUCUCUCUCUACUGCUUUUUUAUUUUGAUUCAAUGAUGUCUGACGAAAGUGAAUAGUUAUUUGAUUUCCCUUUCAUUCAAACACUUUUAACCACCGAUGAGAACUCAAGUAUUUUGUGGGUUUCUGCUCUCUUUUGUUAUGCUAGCAUGCUACCACCAGAGUAACCAAAUGCCAUUAGCAAAGAACAAGCCAUUCUGCUAUAAAGGGAUGCUCUCAUCAAUGUGAAGGGCCAAAGCUCAUAAAAAAACUUGGCUGCAAAACAAUGCUAUCACAUCCAAUGAGGUUUAGGACUUGGACUGUGUUCGCAAGAGGAUAAAAAAACUGUGUUUUUGAAUUGGCCCUCAAUGUUUUUGUAUUGCCUGCUUUCAUGCUUGAUUAAAUUAUACAAUCUAGGCUUUUUUGUGUCCCCUGUGCUUG